CAAAUCUAGUGAGAACCACAAAAAACAGAACCCAACGUGGGGCAUGUAUAUUCCAGGUUUCCCAAAAUCCAAUCAUUCUUUUUUGCUCCACUCUUAUGGCUUCCACAGCAACACCUUCUCCACACAUUCUACUAUUCAAACCAAUCUUAGGAAACACAAAAACAGCAAUAGUAAGGUUUUUUAGGACAACGACAACCACAAAAUCUUUUCGAAUUUUGCAAGUUCAUGCUUCUAAGGACUCUCAAAGACCCCAAAAAGCACCACCUGGAACUGACACGAGAAUCCAUUGGGAAAAUGAAGAUGAAGGUUGGAUUGGAGGUAGCACAAAACAGAAACAAACUAAUGGAGAGGUGAAACCUAAGAAGCUUUUGGGUGAAGACUUUGCUGAUUUGCUAAAUUUUCAAGGUUCUCAUUAUGAAUUCUUGGGAAUAUCACCAGAGUCUGAUGUAGAAGAAAUCAAAGUAGCUUUCAGGAAACUAUCAAAAGAGUAUCAUCCAGACACAACUUCACUCCCUCUAAAAACUGCCUCAGAAAAGUUCAUGAAACUAAGAGAAGUUUACAGUGUUCUUAGCAACGAAGAAAGAAGGAGAUUUUAUGAUUGGACACUGGCUCAAGAGGUUGCGAGUCGUCAAGAAGAGAAGUUGAAAAUAAAAUUAGACGAUCCUUAUGAGAUAGCAUUGAAGAAUUAUAAACCUGUUCCAGACAUGGUUGAUCGACUUGGUGGAAAGAAUAUGAAGCUUAGUGAUCAAGCUGUUUCUGCUAUCACUAUUGAUGUUUUUAUCAUUUUUUUCUCCAUAUGUUGUAUCACUUAUGUAGUUUUCUUUAAAGAACAGUAAUAGUACAGUACUGAGAAUUAGCCAGCCAGUUAGAAUCUGUAUCUGGAAAUUGUAUAUUUUGUUUUAAUCAACUAGAAAAUUAUAUGUGA